CUUGGGAGCCGCCUGCAGCAAAGGAUCCCGGUAAAAACGGCCUCUCCCUCGGUCGAGCAAACGGAGCAGAGACGGGGCUCAGCGAAAGUGUCUCAUAUUCCGAAUUUUCCAUGUGUCUUGGUUCCAGUCCUUCGAGACUUGGGCUGUCCUAUUGUGCGCGGACCGAACCCAGAAGAGUAUAGAUCGAUCCCACCUCUUCGUCGAUCGUAUGGUUGGAAGCUUGUCAUGAAUCGUUAGUAGCUGGAUACAUUUCCUCGUCUCUAUUGAUUCUUAAUUUCUGGGUCUUUUGGGCUCUUGGUAUUUAUUUUCCAUUACUACUACUAUCACCUGUCAGUUUGACUCGGUACUACUACUACCGCAACGACGUCAACCGUUGUUCCCAGAGUACGGAGUACUUUUGCUCUGGUAAUUAUCAACGCCCGAUAACCCCAGAACGUACAGCCUGCCACUCUGUCGGUCCUUUUGCCGUGAAGCUUCCAGAGGCUGCAGGCCCCUCUUCUUCUUUUUCUUUCGUUUUUACUCUUUGGGUUGGUCGCAUCGGUCUACUUUUGGGGAUUCUUCGCUCCCGUUGUCCUGCGUGCCCUCCUUUCGACUCGGUCUCGGCCCUAUUUCUUACCUCAUUGAGCGCCUUUUUUGUGGUCCUUUUUUUCCUUUUACACGAUCCUCAAUAGUGCUUUUGUCAAACGGGAGAAAGACGAAAAGGAGGACUCAAAUCCUGCGUUGGUUCGGGGCAGGCCCAGAGAGAGAAAAUAAUCCGCCCGGCCAGGUCCAACGUGCUGGUCUCGCGGGGCAAUCCGCUACACUACUUUUCUCUGGCUGAUUGGAUUUACCGCGGGAGCGCUACUUUUAGCUAUUUUCUUGCCCAGGAUCCCUUGUUCCUACGGGCCAGUGACGGGCAACUCCUCCGACCAGGCUACCUUUUCCCUGUAUAGUCAAGGCCGUGUGCCACCAUCGGCUCCUGGAUCGGUCGUUUCCGACCUCAUUAUCGUUGCCAACAUCCAAGUGCUUCCCCCUCCCGGACAGACCCAUUUCUGUCCCUACGUUACCUUUGCUUUUGGCUCUAGGUUUAUCUGUACAUGCGGAGAAAGCAUCGUCUCGGCGCUCUUUGACCGUCCUAAUCGAGCGGACCGUUAGUCCCUUUCGGCUUACCUGGUGGUCGGCGUGCAUCCACUCCCUGAACGUCCGCGAUUGUCUACUUACUCUGCUUCUAUCGCGGCGGGGCCUUUUUCACUUCCUUGGUCGUCAAACACUCCUUUUCGGCCCGAGUCCCGCGACAUCUUGGGGAAGAUCCAUGAUUGUUGGUGACUCGCUAGUCUCGCCAUCCUUUUUUCCCCCCAAACCCCAGCGUGAGCCGUCCUUGAAGCUUAUGCAAAACACUGGGAUCCUGCAGCCACCCUGGUUAUAGCGGAACAUGCAACCAAAAACCGUGAAAGACUAGGGCCGUUUGCGACAUGUUGGUCUUUUGAAUAGACUUGAUCGCUUCAUCAUCUUGAAUCCUCUGCUCAGCUCCCAUUAUCUGCAGGCAGAUGCGACUUGGCGCAAUCCGCGCACUUGGAAUGCCCAGAGCUCGACUCUCUUCGCUACGAUAAUCGACUUUAUUCAAUUUGAAUCAGCUACGUCUUCUACAUUUAUCUGCAUUUGCGCCAAUUGCUCUUCCCUUCAGGUGGGAUUGUUAUUCAGGAAUUAUCGCUUUUCUUCCAGUUUUCUUGGAACAACUUGAUUGACUUACUCUUAAUACUACGUCGGUAACGGAGGCUGUUUCAUCCUGCAAUCGAUUCUUUGCUUGAUCCAAUUUCUUUGGUGCUCGAGAUUCGGCGGUUUGGUCUGAAUUUUAACCGGACACGAUACCUUUCGAUCUAUCCAGCAAUUCUCAAUUCUUUCGUUCGGCGACACGAGGCCUUAAACAGUACCACGGCGGGCUGUGCAGAAGCAGAAAAUAUUUCAAUUGAUGCUCAGUGGAAGUGUCAUGUAAAUGCUAUUCUUCGAGAAAUCAACCCACACCCCUCAACGCUCGAUCCAAACGCCGGCCAUGUCAGGCUACUAUGUUGGACCAUUCGGUCAAACCGGGGAUAACCCAUACCAGCUUCCUCCUCCGCGCACACCGGCAAAUCUACAAUUUGGAUCAGAUCCCUUCCUACGACGCCAGUCAGGCGACAAAGCAGAACCAGUCAGGGGCACAGCUUCAGCCGAGCCUGCCCCUCAGCGGCAGAGGACCGAACAGCUUCCGUCGGUGAGGUCGCUAUUGACGCCGGCCUCUGGGCCACAUUCGCCACCACCGUAUCAUUCACAAACGUAUGGAAGUCCUACACCGAUUGAUCCACACCGCGAACUAUCAUAUCCAUUUCGCCAUCAUGAUUCAACACUGGCCCCGCCGCCAAUCACUGGUCAAGAUAGACGUCGAUCAGAGUCUCUGCCACAUUCUCAAUCCGCGAGCCUUCCACCACUGUCGCACGUGGCUAUGUCCAGCCCUCGAGAUAUGAAUCAUCAUUACGCAGCGACACGAAGUGAUCCUUCCACAGCGAUCAUGCCACAUGCCCAAUUACCUCCUCACGGUGCUCCGUAUCACGAACCAGCCACUGCGGGAGAGAUUUCCUCCCCCGAAAGUGUAAGCCGGCCAAAUCCGCCUGCAGUACUACCACAUGUGGUUGAUGAACGAUAUAUUGACGGCGAGCUUUGCUUUGUCUACGCUGAUGGUUCCCAUCAGCCCAAGAUUGUUGAUGGAAAACCCGUCAAUCCAAAUUGGGGCGUCACAAAGGCAGGAAAGCCACGGAAACGACUUGCACAAGCCUGCUUGACCUGCCGCGAAAAGAAGAUCAAAUGUCAACCGAACCGUCCCAAAUGCGACCAGUGCCAAAAGUCAGGAAGGGAAUGCAGAUUCGAGAAUGCCCUCCGUGGUAAUCGCUCGAGAGGUUCACACUCGGUCGGGCCAACGAAUCCAAACUCGGACCUCUCUGGAUCGUUUUAUAACAUCGCCCGUGCUUCUGAUAGCGGAGCAUCACUUCCAGGAAGUGGCCAUUCACCAAUGUCGGAGAGCACGAGGUUGACACCCUCCGGCAUGGAGAGCGCCCACGAUCCCAUGGUUGAUGUGGAUCGGACAUACCGACAGCGAGCCUACCGAAUCCCUCGCCCCUUUGCUGACGAGAGCCUUGUUCGACAGGUCGAACAUACCGAGGCCAAUCGGCUUCCCGAAUACUCGGAAAUUCUGGGUGAACUGAGGGAUACCAACUCCGAAGACCCGCUGGUGGGCUCUUGGAACGUCGACCCAUUUGAUCACGACCCGGAAAUGACUUUGCAUUACGUCGAAACAUAUUUGUCAAACAUUAAUGAUGGAUUAUAUCACAUUUUCCCGCAUGCUCGAUUCAUUUUGUGGCUGAAGUCCUGCGACACAAAGUCACCCGAGGAUAAAAUGAUGCUUUACUCCAUGAUGGCGCUGGGUUCUAUCUUUUCCGAUCGACCUGAUAGGGUUACUGCGUUGAGGCGUUAUUCUCGCAUUGCUCGCUUUGCUAUUCAGAGAAGCCAGCAUAAUCUGUCUCUUCAACUUGCUCAGAGUCAUCUCAUGAUGAGUUUGCUGUACUACGCUGCUGGUUCGUUGGUGGGAUCUUGGGACUCGAUUGGAGCUGCAGGACGGGCUGUCAGUGGGCUGAGAUUCAAUAUCGAAUCUGGUGGUGUUAUUGUGAGCCAGAAUCAGGCGUGCGAGUACGGGUUACACCCACAGGCACUGAUUGAGUGUCGUCGCCGGACGUUCUGGGUCGCUUUCAUCUUGGAUCGAGUUUCAUCAUUCUUCUCUCCCACGUCAACUUCUAUCUCUUCAGAUUCGGCUUUGAUUCGACUCCCUUGUCGAGAAGACAUUUACGAGGUCCAGCAAUACGCGACGGCACCAUAUUUCCAAACCGUGCUCAACCAAGCAUCAGCCUCCACUGAUGACGACCGGUCGACCCUCAGCCCCAUGGCCUUUGUGAUCCAGAUUCUUUCUAUCUGGGGCGACGUCUCCUUCCAGGCUUUCCGCCUCUCUCACACGCCGUCCGAAGGCUGGGCACAGCUUGCCGAAGAAUUCCAUACGAACAUUAUUCGGCGGACAGACGACUGGAUCAAUCGGCUACCUGGACACCUCUCAUUCUCCGUUGCCAACAUGGAUCGUGCGAGUCAAGUCAAGAAGGUGGAUGCCUUUGUUGCGAUUCACAUGUUCUACCACGCCACAUUGAUGAAGCUGUACAGACAUGCCCGAUACCAAAGCUUACGGUCCGAAGUGCUGAUCCAGUAUAUUCAUCGCGCCCGAUACCACGCAGUUGAAACGCUGAGAAUUGCACUGGCCGUCGUUCAGUACGCUCAUGAUGUCCAGGCUGCUCGCUCUACAUCUGAUACCUCCUCGCCUAACGUGACCCUCCUCAGUCCCUUCCUGGGGUACGUGGUCCUUUCUGCGGUAGACGUGCUCAGUGCGGGAGGGAUGGUGGCUGAAUUACCCGAUUGUAUCUCCUUCAUCAACGGCGCAUACGGCAUGGUCCAACUUCUGGGUCGUCACUGGGAUAGCUCGAUAAGCCUGGCAAACCUCAUUAAGAAAAGACUCGACGCGAUGAUUGACUGCGCCAAUGACCGAUCUCGAACUCAGGACAAGAUCUGUUUUGCAGUGGACGGUCCUUCGCUUGAGACGAAAGUGCCUGCCGGUACUCCCCCUCAGCCACCGGGUACACUCGACGAAGACCUCUUCUAUGGAUCUCUACCGCGGGAUAUUCUCCUGCGCGCUAUGAGAGCCGACGAGACUCCUUUAUCGGACAAGAAUAUCGCAUGGCUGAAAGAUCGCUGAAAUGAUUCGACACUGACCUGAUCUGCUCUGGCAUGACACCCUGGCGCUCAAUACCCUUGAAGCCCAUCAACCUAUUCCCAUCUCUUGACAUAAAGUUUCUUUUUUACUAAAAUGGGUGGCAUCCUUUUUUCUGAACAUAGAAAUUAUCAGCGUCCUGUCCAUUGCGCCUUUUUCAAAUUAUGAUUCUACUUUCCGCACAGGCAUGGAUCACCUUUAUGCAAAUUCUUCUUACGAUUCUUGAUUGUUCUUUUUACGAUCUGAUGGUAUCGAUGUCAAUGAUGGCGGUUCGACUGCUUCAAGUUCUUCUUUACCGGUGGAAUAUUCCAAAAUUUGGCUAACCCAUGUACUAUACAAUCUACUUCUCCGUUGCUAUUUCACACAUUGUCUAUUUCUUCAAUUUGAGCGAGCCCGUGUGAGCGCUUGUCAUCUGUAUAUUAUCUACCGAAAUCGAACGAGGAAAAUACUUGAUCGGGUAAGAUUCUUGGAUACCAAGUCUUGAAAAUUGAAAGUCGUUCUUUGGUAAUUGCAUAGCCACUAUGCCCUAGUCACUCCCGCUUUCCUUUUCCCAUUCGCUUGGAUCAUAUUGUCGUACCCAAGCCACUUUGCCCUUGGACGGGUCCAUGAUAGUCGCGUAAUGUGUGGUUUCGUUCAAGACCGGGAAUGUCGUCAACCAAGAGAUGAUUUCUUUUUGAGUAGCAGCCACAUCCGCGCCUUCCAACGAGUCCUGCAUUGAGGCGCGUUGUUGCUCAGCCUCCUCGGCUUCUUCCUCUCGUUUCUUUCGCAGGCGUAGUGAUGAACGACUGCCCUGCGGCUGAUCAAGAUUCUCGAUAUUUUCUGUGACCUUCUUCAUAGCGGCCUCUUUAGCUUGUACAGACUUUUGUACUUUUUCAUCCCAUCGGGCUUGCAUGCAAUCGCGUCUUUCGUUGCUGUCUUCGAUGAGGUCGGCCAUGACUUGGCCAUCGGGUGAGACGAGUGAUAGACCAACGUGGUUCUUCCUCUUUUCAUCAGCAAUAGCUUUGGGUGGCAAAGAGUUGGGCUCGUGGUCGUGGUUCGUGGCUAUGAUGAAUGAAGGUGAGGAGCGCACGACGGCAGUUCCAUGGUCUUUCUCCAUGGUCACCGUAGUCACCCCGUCGCUGAAGAUCAAGUACACUGCCGUGGUCGGCAUGCUGGGGAUUUGAGCAACGAUCUUUUCCAGUGUUGAUAGAGAUUCUUCUCUCUUCUUUGGCUUCGGUCCGUCGGGGAACGGGAAAAGACACUCUCGCAGUAGUGACGAGAUCGAUUGCCGAAUUCCCAGCAGAACGAGUAGAUGAUUCGUGUAAAAGGCCACGUUCCGUGAUUCAUCAUGCACAGGUCGGAAAUUCAGUGACAUGCUCAAAUCCUUUCUCACUCCCGUCAGCACGCCGACAUAACCCACGUACGUGAUGCUCGUGGCAAGCACUUUCUCCGGGUCAUCGUCUCGUACAAAUUCCAGCUGCACGAUCAAAUCACGCAAUGGAUCCAUACCCCAAUCCAGAGUUCGGAAAUGAAGCAUUUUGGUCUGGGAUCCGCUUUUGCUGCGCACACCACCACUGGUACAGCCCAUGAGAAGGUCAAGUACCGUGUUCAGGCUGAUGAGGAGGUACAUGUCAAUAUCCGUCGUGCGACUGAUCCCACGUAAUUCGUCCGUUUCUUCGUCCGUGUAGAGUCUGCGCAAAGAGAGUUUGGCCAGCCAAUGCACGCCUUUCAGUGGAAUCUUGGGCGAAAUGCCUCGGACCAGUUCAUCGAACAUGCCGCGUAGGGCACGCAUUUUGUCUCGGUAGAUACGCGCCAGCUCGACAUAGCGUUCUGAUGGCGGGAGUGAGAGGUUGAUUCUGAAUAUGGGUGGUGCUUUGCCCACGGCAGCAGGGCUUCUGGGAUCCGCCAUGGUGAUAGAUGAGGGUUUGAGGAAGCAGAGUUGUGGUGG